AUGAGUGGUCGCCCUCGUCCAGGAGCACUUAAUCUUAGUGCAGAAGCAUCGUCGAAUCAUCGGACAUGGUCGAUAGAUAGUAUGUUAUCGAGCAGUCCACCGUCUAGUGAGGCGGAAAGGUCACGAAUCUUUCGACGUGGUACAAUCAUUAGUCCAAACACGUAUGAUCGAAGUAUUCUUGAGGUCGAUCGGUCUGACUUGGUCGUGGCGAAGGAAGCUUUUAUAGAGGAAGAUAUGGAAUAUGAAGGUACCAAAGAUAAUGCAAUGAGUUCGAUCGAUAACCAACAAAUUCUAUGCAAUAUAAUUAAUCGUAGUCGUCAAGAAGAAUUAGAUCGUCUCAGUCAAGUCAUAUUGAGUCAACGAGCUCCUUAUGAUAGUGAUGUUCAGUUAAUACUUAGUCAAUGGAAUUUCGGUCGAUCAAGUUUACAUACGAACGAACUUCAUCCAUCUUCUAUAUUGAUUCAAUCAGGUGUAGUUGCUAGUCGUCAUCGACCCUCUACAGCCUAUAGUCAUCUUGAUCAUGCCUCUAUUGCUCGAGAAUGUCAAUUCAAUCUCGAACUAGCACCAUCGACAACAACAGCGACACAUAAAAGAAUUCGUCUACAUGCAAAAUCAUUUGCUAUCACGGCAUGGACAGAUGUUAGUAAAGAUGUGGUACUCGAUCAUAUCAAAAGAGAAUUUCGUAUAGAAAACAUUCAAUAUAUAUGUGUUAGUGAAGAAAUCAGUGAAUUGAAUCAUCGACGACACCUUCAUGUUCAGAUUAUCUUAAAGGAGAAAGUCGAUCGAAGAGCACCUUUUCUUGAUCGUAUUACUGGUACACGAUGUAACUAUCAGGUAACACGAAAUGAUCUUGCUUGGAAUGAGUAUAUCAAGAAAGAGGGUAACUAUCUGGAAUUCAAUGAAUUUAAAUCGACUCGUGCUCGAGCUGAUAAACAAUAUCCAUCGUUGUUGGCAUCAUCAUCAUCAUCAUCAUCAGUAGAAGUAGCAUCAUCUUCUCAAUCGAAUACAUCCGAUAGUACACAUGUGUCCCAUCAACAAGUACCAACACACACGAAUCGUCGAACAACAACAGUCCGAGCACAACUCGAAGUUCGACGUCAACUUGAAAAAGAUACUAUUGUCAGAGCAUUACAACUAGCUGAGAUUAAUGUUCAUCAGGCCAUGGAUCUCAUCCGGCAAGCAUUGCCAUGUAAAUUUUUCGCUCAUAGUUCGUGGUAUCUUUCAACAUUCAAUUAUAUUCAUCUUCGAGCACAAGAGCACGCUGAACGACAUGGUCAGAUCGAUAAAGAAUAUGUUUGGCCAUUGUCAUUUCCCAAUUGUACUGAUCGAUUGUGUGAGGCUAUGGAUCGAUGGAUUCGACAUAAUUUUUCUCGUACCAAACGUGCUAAAUGUCUCAUUCUCAUUGGACCGACCGGUACAGGUAAAACAUCUUUUGCUAUGUCACUACCUGGUCGUGUCAAUUAUUUCAAAGAACGAUGGAACCUUGAUCAUUGGAGUGACUAUGCUCGACAUUCUGUCUAUGAUGACAUCCCAUGGGACGAUUUCGCUAAAUUGAACUAUCCGAAUAAGAAAAGUCUUCUGACACAGAAUGGCAAAAUGAAUGCCACAGACAAAUACCGAAAUACUCGUGAGAUCAAUGUUCAACAGCCAGCCAUUGUUCUAUUGAAUCCUGAAGAUGCUGGUUCUCUGUUAGCUCAGCCAACCACUAUUCAGGAACAACAGGCAGCACUCUAUUGGAAAGAACGAGCAUUCAUCUAUGUCAUGCAACAGGAUGAAUACUUCUAUAAACGAUCUCAGCCACAUCAUCAAGCCGUUACAGCUGAUGACGAUGCAUAUCUUUCAGGUUCUUCAUCGAUGGGUUCAAAUGAUGCUCGACUUGGUGAAAAAAAUGAGUUCGAGUACAUGAUCCAUCGAUAUCAAGAGAGUCAUCGAAAGCCAUCAUAG